ACUAAUGUUAUUGGAUAUUUUUAUUUGGACUGUUCAUUUAGCAUGAAAGGCAUUCAUAAGAGACUUGUAGUAAAUUUCUUCUAUGAUGGGUCCACGAUAUUUAUGUGGGAAGAAAAUGUUUCUAUAAAACCCUGCUCGUAGCUAAAAGUAUACUUUGAAACCUAUUCACAUGCUAACGUAAAUAAACUACUAGCCCAGAAAAAGAAUUCAAUUAGAUUCCAAGUUUUACAUCCAUCGCUAUGUAUUGCUAUAUACUUCCUACUUUACCUGAAGGUGUUGAUCCGUGGUGCCCUGAGACUGGCAGGCUUUUCGUUUCUAUACUCGAGGAUAAAUUUGUAAUUACCUUUGCCUCUAUUUAGAUUUUAGACUAAUCUUAAAUUAGCUUCGUGAAAACUUCACUUACCAAUUUAUUCAGGUUGAUAAAAACAUAGAUCUGUUAGCUCACUGGGUAAAUAUUGGAAAUAUCUGCUUCUUCCAGCAAUCCUAACGUUCCCAGUGAUGAAAGCUGUACUCAGAACAGCGCUGACGCGCACUUUCAUGCGAUCCUAUUUUGAUUGCCCGCGAGCCCCUUGCACCGCCUUCCCCAGCACGAGGCCCUUCUCAAGCAUAUCUCCAGCGAACGUGCGGCAGCUUGUAACGUGUUACCAAGCUCCGCGUUCUGUCCCUUCAUUACUGAAUGCGCGGUACAAGAACUCCUGGACACAGAGCGACCUGGCCUCUACCCUCACGGAAGAGGAGAAGAUGACGCUCGUCAAGGCAGAAUACGAGCUCUACAGAGCCGAGGAGGAGACUCAAGUGCCGUCCAGUUUGACCGAGAACGAAUGGGAAGAAUUAGCUCGUCUGCCUGGCGUUUCAAGACGUAAGAAGUACCUCCGAUUUCUGUACCUGAACGAGAUGAAGUCUAUCAACGAUAAGAAGAAAAAACUCGAGAGGAGAAAGAUAUCCGAGGCAAAAUAUCAGCAACUGCAGGUGGAACUCAAGUCAGAAUCUGCCCAUAUAUCGUACGGUUUAUGGAGGAACUCUAUGUUCAUCAAAUGGUCAGAUCAAAGGGUAAAUACUGUUGAUUCUCAUCGAGUUGUACAAGCUAAAUUAUUUGGCCAGCCUAUUAUAUUCGACUACGAUUUCGAUGAAAAGAUGGUUGCCAGGGAGAAAAAGGUUCUCGGUACACAGGUUGCCGAAUGCAUUGGGAUGAACCGACAGUAUCUCGAUCCUUUUUAUAUUCACUUCUGCAACUUCAGACGCGAAGAAGAGUCGGCGCAGUUGACAAUCAAGAGCGUGCCGACGCUAACUAACGAAGAUUUUCUUGUGGACCUGCACCCAGAUAAUUUUCUGGAAGUGUUCCCCAGAGAGAAGCUUGUAUACUUGACCCCACACUGCAGGGAGGAGGUGCGGGAGUUCGACCAUGACGCCGUGUACAUUAUUGGUGGGCUCGUCGACCUGCGUUCCGACGAGCCCUUCACGCUCGCCAAAGCCAAAAGACAGCGCAUCAAAAUGCAGAAACUUCCGCUCGACAGGUACCUGGACUGGGGCACCGGCAGGAAGAGUCUCACGCUCAACCAAAUCUUUGGCAUCCUGCUGGAGGCGAAGCAGCACGGGAGCUGGACGAAAGCGUUCGCCAAGUACAUCCCACCCAGGAAGCUGCUGAAGCCGCAGUAUGGCGACGCUGAAGCCAUCAAGAAGAAAAUGCGCCAGAAACACACUUCCAGAUACUCGGUGGAGUCUUUGUUCAAAGACUAGGUCGUUGAUGUGUUGUAUGACAUGAAAUGUAUUAAACUGGGA